AUGAAAGCAGCUUCCUUAUUUCGAUCCGAUCAGAGCACGGUGAACUGGCAGCCAAUCGAUUUCCCGCAGUAUGUACCACGUCAUAGUGGUCCAUUGAUGAGGAUGAUGAUGAAGAAUAUCUAUGGGCAAGGUUCGCUGGGGCUGUUUGAUGGGGAGGCCGAAGCUGGGCUGGCGUUGGCUGCGGACGAGGCCAGGACUCGGAGCGCUGGGUCCGUUCGAUGCCGGGCAACGCUCCACUUCUCACAAGCUAAUAAUCUCGAUAUCAUCAUGUCUUUCCGAGCUGCCAUGAAGCACUGGUACGACCCAGCCGCCAUUCCAAUUUAUGUCGUCAUCGGCACCGCCAUGGGCGGCGCUACCUGGUACCUUUCCCGUCUGGCACGGGGCCCAGACAUCAUUUGGGACCGUCGCGGUAACCCCCAACCCUGGAAUGACGUCAAACCUGGUCAAAACACCAAGCUGAUGUCGGUCAACCAGGAAUUUCCUAACGGCACCUACAAACGAGACCGGCUUUAA